AACUCCUGACCUCAUGAUCCGCCCCCCCUCAGCCUCCCAAAGUGCUGAGAUUACAGGCGGGAGCCCCCACACCCGGCCUGGGAGUCUUCUCCGUAGCUGCUCGUCCUGUACUAGCAUUUGUCCAUCCAUGAGUGGAUGGGGACGCAGGGGGACCCAGGACCCACACCUGCAGUCGGGAAGGCUGGCAGGGUGGAUUUCCGGAAGAGCAUCAGUGCCAGCUUCCCACAGUCACCCCUGUGAUGGGACCCUCAGGUUGGCACGUGGCUGGCAGCUGUGUACCGGGAGUCCCAACUGCUUGCAGCCCUUGCUCCUUAGUGGGCCUUGCCAGCCAGGGCAGGGCCCCCGCCACCCACACAGGGCUCUCGACUCCUCUGGCAGCAGGUCAGGGGCGGUUCAGUGAUGCCAUCUCUGGAGAUCCCCUGGCGUGCGCUGGAAAACUCCAGAGAGGCCUUAACAGCGCCGGCUGUUCCGCCUCCGUGACAGGGAUGUUUACUCUUCUGGGCAGGCUCCUCUCCUCCGAGCACCCACGAGAGGGCGCUGUGCUGUGCCUGCUCUCCUAGGACAGGCCUCGCUCCUGUCCAGAUGGGGCCCGCAGGGUCGGGUGGCUGAGACUGGCUCCAGCUCAGGGUUUUCUGAGUGAGCACAGGGGAGCAGGCGGCCGGCAAGCAGCUCACUUCCUGCCCUGGGUGCAGCUGGACACCAUGUCUGCCCUGGGCCUGCUAAAGGCAUCAGUGAGGAGCAGGCAGGACCUCGUAUGAGCCUGUGUUUCUAGCAGCGCGCGUGACCCCAGGUGCCACGUGCGUGAGUGCGUGGGUGGGUGAGUGCGUGGGUGGGUGAGUGGCGAAGGCGCUGAGGCUGGCCCCGGCGGGCACACAGUCCUCACACACAACAGGGGCAGGGCUCCUGUCAGAGCCAAACCAGCUCAGGGCCCAGUGCAAGCGGUUUCUGUCCCGUGGCACCUCCGCUAGUCACAGCUCCCACCCAAGCCCUGCCCCACUUAGGGUUUGGCUGCAGAAGGGGAGUGUCGGAAAUGCCCAGCCCGUCUCCCAUGAGGGACUCCUGCGUGGCAUGGGCUGGGGAGUGCAGGGGUCGUUUGGGUGGUUCCAGUGUCUGGCGUAGCCACACAAGAGGCCCUGAGUUGAUGUGGGCUCCCUGCUGGGGAGCCUGCUCCAUGCGUGCUGGGCUCCCAGCAUUGCAUCCAGUGGCAUUCAGGGCCCUGUGGACCUCGCCUCUGUCCUGCGCGUUUAAACGCUGCCCCUUGUGGAGGUCGCCAGCACUACAGGGCCUGUAGUGUGGCGCAUCCACGUGACAUGAGUGGCCAGGCCCAGUUGUGUCCAGAGACGAAGCCUGGAGAACGGGCCUGGAUGUCUCCGUCAUGGUUUUACGUUCGUUUCACACGGACGCAGCGAUGUCUCAGAUACCUCGGAUCGUGCAGGGCACGUGGCCAAGGCUUGUUUUGUCUGUUCCUUUUCUCCUGUCUUACGUGGCUACCAGGAGGUCUGCCACAACUCCCGUGGCCCCUGUCCACACUGCGUGGCGCUUUCCAGCCUGGCUGCCAGCUGCCCCUUCGAGCGCAGAUGUGAGCACAGGGUGGUCCCUGGGGAGAAGCACCGGCAGGCGACUGAGCCAGGCUGUGCCCAGUCAGACCCCUGCAGACCCCGAGGCUUGAAUUUCAUGGAACUCUCACCUGUCACGGAGUAUUGUUUUUCUUUUGAUUUUUUCCCAACCAUUUAAAAAUUUAAAAGCCAUUGUUGACUUGAGGGCUGGACCAGGCUUAGGGCUGGGCUCUGGUCCGCACCCCACACUGGCCCUGUGUGUCCUGUGCCCAUUCUGCCUGCGAGGCAGGCCUGAGCCACCACAGGAUUGCGGGGUCCUCAGGGUGCAGGGCCCGCGAUGCUUCACCCCUCCCACGACCCCAGCACCUUCAGAGAAAACGGACCCUCGAGUCGAGUGCAGUGGUUCAGGCGAACGUUAUCACCACACGGGGGACUUGGCGGCUUCUGCCCCAGGCUUCAAAGGAGAGGGGAUCCAGAGUCUGUCCCACCCCUCAGCCCCUGCCCUUGAAGCUUCUGUCCCCAAGGCUGUGGGGAAGAACCAGGGAAGGGCUAGCGUGUCUGCUGUGCCAUCCCAGGUGCUCGCGCCUCACUGAGCUCAACUCCUGCGGUCUCAGAGCUGCAGGCCCCUCCCAGGUGUCAGAGCUGCAGUUCCCUCCCGGGUGUCAGAGCUGCAGUUCCCUCCCGGGUGUCAGAGCUGCAGUUCCCUUCUGGGUGUCAGAGCUGCAGGUCCCUCCCGGGUGUCAGAGCUGCAGGCCCCUCCCGGGUGUCAGAGCUGCAGGCCCCUCCCGGGUGUCAGAGCUGCAGGCCCCUCCCGGGUGUCAGAGCUACAGGUCCCUCCCGGGUGUCAGAGCUGCAGGCCCCUCCCGGGUGUCAGGACACUGACUGGAAGGGCCCCCCCACAUCCGUGAACUCCAAAGGGUAUGUCCUUUGGUGCUUUUUUUUUGGCUCUGUCUGCCAGGCUGGAGUGCAGUUGUGGUACUCAAGCCAUCCUCCCACGUCAGCCUUCUGAGUAGCUCGGUCUACAGGUGCACACCACUGUGCCCAGAGAGUUUAGUUUUCUGUAAAGACAGGGUCUCACUGUGUUGUCCAGGCUGGUCUGGAACUCUUGGGCUCAGGUGAUCCCCCACACAUGGCAGCUUUGACACUUGACCAUUUCCUCCCAAGCUCUACCCCGACACUGGCUCUGUGUCCCAGAGACUUAAUCAGAAGCUGGUAGAAGGGCUGUGAAGUGUGUCGCAGUGGGAACUGCCAGUCAGCCCACAGCUGGCCUGCCUGCCUGCACGCCCACUUUGGCCCCGAUCUUGGCAGGGAGAGGGGGGUGUAUUGGACUCUGGGGAGAGCAGCUGCCUGCGCUGGCAGGGUCCUCCCGUCUCAGGGUUAACGUUCUCAGCUGUAUUUGAUUUCUCCUCAGCCAGAGGGGGUAAGAUGGCCUUCCCAGAAGCACAGGUGGGCUGUGUGUCAGAGGCCCUGGACAGCCUGUGCCUCUCCCGGGCCUCCCAGCAGGGGUGGCUCUCGCCUCUCUGGAGGGGAGACCCCAGGAACCGGCCCCGCCCUUGGCCACAGCCUCACAGGUUCCUUGUGUUUCUCGGGGUCUGGGGCGGGCACAGGCUCUGUGGGUGCACACGGCACGGUCAGGCUCCCAUCCUUCUAGAAGGCUGCAGAGUGGCGUGUGGGCAGCUGUGUGACGUGGCCCCAGAUCUCCAUCUGGCCUGGCCUGCAGCAGCUCCCUAGGCCCUCUGCUACCUCCCCUGCCUACCUUUGGGUAGACGUCCUCUUGACCUUUUCUUCUGUGAUAAAGCAAAAGCGUGUGAUCUCUUUUCUCACCAAGGAAUAAAACGUCUCUGAAUACCACAGAUGUGAUGCCGGGCUUUUGGGGGCUGGGGGGCAUCCUAGGGCCCUGAGGGAGGAGCCCCGUGGGUGCCGACGUCGGGCCCCGGGCCCUGCACCGAGACAUCCCCUCAGCUCACCCCAGGCGGCUGGGCAUGCUGGGAAGUGCUCCCAGGCUGUGUGUGUGAAUCAUGCUGUUUCUUCUCUAUUUUCUCUCUCUGUCUGUUUAUUUUUGUUGUGUGUCACUCUGACCAGCCGGCCGCCCUGUCUCUUCCCUCCAUGCUCCGCUUCGCCCGCUGCCGGCCAGAGGUGACCAGGUCCGGCUCUCAGCACGGCCGCCGGCCGGGGGGCCAUGGGGAGCUCCGCCUCCUCCCUGGCCGCAGAGACCGAGUCGGACCACAGCUUCCCCCGGGGGCCGCCCUACCCAGGUCCCCCGGCAGCGGCUGGCUGGUGUAGGAGUGGCCCAGGGGGACCCGUCUGGGGAGGUGCCCUGGUCAGCCGGCAGCACCAGCCCCCACGGCCCCGGGCCCGCAGCCACACCCACUCGCCCGGGUCUAUGGCCACGGCCGGAGAGUGGUCCUGUGCGCGCUGCACCUUCCUGAACCCGGCCGGCCAGCGCCAGUGCUCCAUCUGCGAGGCCCCCCGGCACAAGCCCGACCUCAACCACAUCCUGCGGCUCAGCGUGGAGGAGCAGAAAUGGCCCUGUGCCCGCUGCACCUUCCGCAACUUCCUGGGCAAGGAGGCCUGCGAGGUGUGCGGCUUCACCCCAGAGCCUGCACCUGGAGCUGCCCUCCUGCCAGUCCUCAACGGAGUCCUCCCCAAGCCACCCGCCAUCCUUGGGGAGCCCAAGGGCAACUGCCAGGAGGAAGCAGGUCCAGUGAGGACUGCGGGGCUGGUGGCCACGGAGCCCGCCAGGGGGCAACACAAGGACAAGGACGAGGAGGAGCAGGAGGAACAGGAGGAGGAGGAGGGGGCGGCGGAGCCCAGAGGGGGCUGGGCCUGCCCGCGUUGCACGCUGCACAACACACCCGUGGCCAGCUCCUGCUCCGUCUGUGGGGGCCCACGCAGGCUCUCGCUGCCACGGAUCCCUCCUGAAGCCCUGGUGGUCCCGGAAGUGGUGGCCCCGGCCGGCUUCCACGUUGUGCCUGCCGCGCCUCCACCCGGCCUCCCUGCGGAAGGCGCCGAGGCCAACCCCCCAGCCACCAGCCAGGGUCCCGCUGCUGAGCCAGAGCCGCCCAGGGUCCCGCCCUUCAGCCCCUUCUCGUCCACCCUGCAGAACAACCCCGUGCCACGGAGCCGACGCGAGGUUCCGCCCCAGCCGCAGCCGCCGGUGCCUGAGGCUGCCCAGCCGUCGCCCUCUGCCGGCUGCAGGGGGCCCCCCCAGGGCUCGGGCUGGGCUGCGGCCGCCCGCCUAGCAGAGUUGCUGUCUGGCAAGCGGCUGAGUGUGCUGGAGGAAGAGGCCAUGGAGGGCGGCUCUAGCCGCGUAGAGGCCAGCAGCUCCGCCUCGGGCAGCGACGUCAUCGACCUGGCUGGAGACACCGUGCGUUACACGCCCGCCAGCCCCUCCAGCCCUGACUUCACCACCUGGUCGUGUGCCAAGUGCACACUCAGGAACCCCACGGCGGCCCCCAGGUGCUCAGCCUGUGGCUGCUCCAAACUGCACGGCUUCCAAGAGCAUAGCGAGCCCCCCACCCACUGCCCCGACUGCGGGGCGGACAAGCCCGGCCCCUGUGGCAGAGGCUGCGGACGGGUCUCCUCGACCCAGAAGGCCACCCGCGUGCUGCCCGAGCGCCCGGGCCAGUGGGCCUGCCCUGCCUGUACCCUGCUCAACGCACCACGGGCCAAGCACUGCGCUGCCUGCCACACGCCUCAGCUCCUGGUGACCCAGCGGCGGGGGGCCGCGCCCCUGAGGCGCAGGGAGAGCAUGCACGUGGAGCAGCGGCGGCAGACAGAUGAGGGCGAGGCCAAGGCGCUCUGGGAGAACAUCGUGGCCUUCUGCCGGGAGAACAACGUGAGCUUUGUGGAUGACAGCUUCCCUCCCGGGCCUGAGUCUGUGGGCUUCCCCGCGGGCGACAGCGUGCAGCAGCGCGUGAGGCAGUGGCUGCGGCCCCAGGAGAUCAACUGCUCCGUCUUCAGGGACCACAGGACCACGUGGUCUGUGUUCCACACGCUGCGACCCUCAGACAUCCUGCAGGGGCUACUGGGGAACUGCUGGUUCCUAAGCGCCCUGGCGGUGCUGGCAGAGCGGCCGGACCUGGUGGAGCGGGUGAUGGUCACACGCAGCCUGUGUGCAGAGGGUGCCUACCAGGUGCGGCUGUGUAAGGAUGGCACGUGGACCACGGUGCUGGUGGACGACAUGCUGCCCUGCGAUGAGGCCGGCUGCCUCCUCUUCUCACAGGCACAGCGGAAGCAGCUGUGGGUGGCCCUCAUCGAGAAGGCGCUGGCCAAGCUGCAUGGCUCCUACUUCGCGCUCCAGGCGGGCCGCGCCAUUGAAGGCCUGGCCACGCUCACCGGCGCCCCCUGCGAGAGCCUGGCGCUGCAGGUCAGCUCCACUAACCCCCGCGAGGAGCCCGUUGACACUGACCUCAUCUGGGCCAAAAUGCUGAGUUCUAAGGAGGCUGGGUUCCUCAUGGGUGCCUCCUGUGGCGGGGGCAACAUGAAGGUGGACGAUUCGGCCUACGAGAGCCUGGGCCUGCGCCCCCGCCAUGCCUACUCCGUCCUGGAUGUUCGAGAUGUCCAGGGCACCAGGCUUCUGCGGCUCCGAAACCCAUGGGGCCGUUUCUCCUGGAAUGGCAGCUGGUCUGACGAGUGGCCACACUGGCCGGGGCACCUGCGUGGCGAGCUCAUGCCACACGGCAGCAGUGAGGGCGUCUUCUGGAUGGAGUAUGGCGACUUUGUCAGGUACUUCGACUCUGUGGACAUCUGUAAGGUGCACUCGGAUUGGCAGGAGGCACGGGUGCAGGGCUGCUUUCCCAGCUCGGCCAGUGCGCCCAUGGGGGUGACAGCGCUCACGGUGCUGGAGCGGGCCUCGCUGGAGUUCGCUCUCUUCCAGGAGGGCAGCAGGCGCUCGGACGCAGUGGACAGCCACCUGCUGGACCUGUGCAUCCUGGUGUUCCGGGCCACGUUCGGCAGCGGUGGCCACCUCAGCCUGGGCCGCCUCCUGGCCCACAGUAAGCGCGCGGUCAAGAAGUUUGUCAGCUGCGACGUCAUGCUGGAGCCUGGCGAGUACGCUGUGGUGUGCUGUGCCUUCAACCACUGGGGGCCGCCCCCCCCGGGCGCCCCUGCCCCCCAGGCCUCCAGCCCCUCGGCAGGGGUCCCAAGAGCCUCCCCAGAGCCGCCGGGCCACGUGCUGGCUGUGUACAGCUCCAGGCUGGUCAUGGUGGAGCCUGUGGAAGCUCAGCCCACCACGCUGGCCGACGCCAUCAUCCUGCUCACCGAGAGCCGGGGAGAGCGGCACGAGGGCCGUGAGGGCAUGACCUGCUACUACCUGACACACGGCUGGGCAGGGCUCAUUGUGGUGGUGGAGAAUCGGCACCCCAAGGCCUACCUGCACGUGCAGUGUGACUGCACCGACAGCUUCAAUGUGGUGUCCACGCGCGGCAGCCUGCGCACCCAGGAUAGCGUGCCACCCCUGCACAGGCAGGUCCUGGUGAUCCUAUCCCAGCUGGAGGGCAACGCGGGCUUCUCCAUCACCCACCGCCUGGCACAUCGCAAGGCAGCCCAGGCCUUUCUCAGUGACUGGACAGCCUCCAAGGGGACCCACAGCCCCCCACUCACGCCAGAGGUCGCUGGUCUGCAUGGGCCCCGGCCGUUGUGACCACGAUGCCCGGGGCAGGGGCUGUGUGCAGACGGACCCCCACCCCCUACACGCACUUUAUGAGGGAGACCCCGACAGAGGACGCUUGAACCAGAAUCUCAGGACCCUGCCCAGGGAGCUGCCAGCCCAGUGUGCAGCUUCCCAUGGGCCUCCCGCCCCCUCCCUCCCCUCCCUGAGCACCCACAGCCCGCCUGGCCAGGCCUCCCGGCCACCACGCAGAAUACCUCGAACCAGACGGGCUGUGAGCCAGCCCCACUCACCUGCCAGCCCCAACACCCGACGGGGGGCUGAGGCCAGUCUGCCCCUCCCUGUGGGCUCAGAGUCUCCUGUGGGGGAGGCAGCCAAGAGCUCUGUCCACAAAACCAAAUCUGGGUGUCAGAGGCCAAGACCCCAGGGUGGGAUCAGGGACCACUCCUCGGGGCAUAAUAUCAGUUUUCCCCCAGAGCCCGGGUCCCUGUUCGCCACGGGGCAGGCGGGGUCCCUGGAGCCCUGGUGUGGAGCGGAAAGUCCCAGGGCGGUCCCUGUCUUAGAAGGAGGGGCCCUUGGCCAGCCACCCCCCAGCGACACUAUGCAAUUGCGCCCGCCAGGAUCGAAGCCAUGACCGGGUGCAGGCGGGCGCCAGGCCCGCUGUGGGUGGGCACCAGUUCUCAGCACCGCUCACUGCUGCCGGGCAGGCCAGGACCAGCAGGCUCCUCAGCCAACCCUGUCCCUCAGCUCGGCCCUGCCACAGAGAGGGACCCCAGCCCAUCGUGGACGUUGGCAGGGCUCAGCCGCUCCCACCUCCCCACAGAAGCCCAGGAGCGUGUGGACGUCUGAGUCCAGCUUCCUGCGUCCCCACCCGGCCCUCCUGGCCCCUCACCCCCAGGCAGCGAGCCAGCCCCACCCCCACGCCCCCUCGUACCCUGGCAGGGGAUUCCGGGGCUGUUACACCUGGAGAAACAUUCCCACUCCCCUUUGGCCUCCCUGUACUCCGAGCUGUGAAUAUUUUUAACCCUGUAAAUACGGCCAGCUCUUGUGACACAGAGACUAUUUUAUCAACCGUCAGCACCGUUCCUUUACGAUAGGAUUCUCCACAGUGGCUUCUGACUCAGGCUCCAAUGGACCAAAUAAAAGCGUUUUGUUUUGUAAUCA